GGCAAGGACAAUGUGUUUCACAAUUCCUUCUGGGAAAUACGAGUUGAUUUUUUAUCUUCAACUUCUAUUUUCCUCUCUCUGAAUAGUGAAUACCACUCGCUUGAGCUCAUUUCUUGGUGCUCUUCUUCAAUGAUUCAAACUUUAGCGCUUCAAGAAUGGCUUUCUUACACGUGAAUUUGGGAAAUUAAGCAACUUUCUGAAGUGGGUUCUUGAUUUGAGGGAAAUCUUUCUCGAUUUUGCUUGGUUGGUGUGGGCGCCGGAUUGUUGAGAAUGUUGUCUUUAACCUACAAUCUUGAAUUUGGAAGAAGUAGAUUGUACUUUCCCUUUACUGAGAGCUCUGCGAGAAAUGUCCACAAGUGUGUGCUUAGGAAUGUCUCCAGGCGCUUCAAGACUGGGAGAUUGCUGUUUUACGGGAGUUACACAGGUCGUUGCCAGGUCUUUUCGACGGAGACUCCGGGGAGUCUUGUCAAUGCUUUUGCACCUGCUUCUUCUCCUGUGUUGAGUUUGAUGGGGAAGUCUAGAGGUCCAGUUUCUCUAACAAGUCUGUUUGAGUUGGUUGCUGAUGACCUCAGUACACUGAACAAGAACUUACAGUCUAUUGUAGGUGCAGAAAACCCGGUUUUAAUUUCUGCUGCAAAGCAGAUAUUUGGUGCUGGCGGGAAACGGAUGAGACCUGCUUUGGUUUUUCUUGUUGCCCGAGCCACGGCAGAGAUGGUUGGCCUGACGGAAUUAACCAAGGAUCAUAGGCAGCUAGCUGAAAUCAUAGAAAUGAUCCACACUGCAAGUUUGAUACAUGAUGAUGUUUUGGAUGAAAGUGACAUGCGUAGAGGAAAGAAAACAGUCCAUCACUUAUUUGGUACAAAGGUUGCAGUGCUGGCUGGUGAUUUUAUGUUUGCGCAAUCAUCUUGGUGCCUAGCUAACCUUGAAAACCUUGAAGUCAUAAAGCUAAUAAGCCAGGUCAUUAAGGAUUUCGCGAGUGGUGAAAUUAAGCAAGCAUCGAGUUUGUUUGAUUGUGAUGUUGAACUGGAGGAAUACUUGAUCAAGAGUUACUAUAAAACAGCUUCCUUAAUUGCAGCUAGCACGAAAGGAGCUGCCAUAUUUAGCGGGGUCCAAAAUGACAUAAGCGAACAGAUGUAUCAGUACGGAAGGAAUCUUGGCCUGUCAUUUCAGAUUGUUGACGACAUAUUGGACUUCACUCAAUCCGCCCAGCAGUUAGGGAAGCCAGCUGGAAGUGAUCUGGCCAAAGGAAACCUCACCGCGCCAGUGAUCUUUGCGCUACAGAAGGAGCCGAAGCUGAGAGACAUGAUUAGAUAUGAAUUUUCUGAAACUGGAUCUCUGGAGAAUGCGAUCGAGGUUAUCAAAAGUUGUGGAGGAAUUGAGAGAGCUCAAGAACUGGCAAAAGAGAAAGCAGAUAUGGCCAUUCUGAAUCUCAAGUGCCUUCCUCCGAGUCCUUUUCGAAUAGGACUCGAAGAAAUGGUGUGUUAUAAUCUUGAAAGAAUUGAAUAGGAUGAACUUAUCUGACACUCGAUCCCGGGAUCUUGAAAGACUUGAAGACACUCCUUUGCAGCUCCAUACUUCUUAUAUACUUGUAUUUGUUUUUUCACAGGAGGAUGAUGCAUUUAAAUAUUGUAAAAAUAAUACUAUCUCCACCCCAAACUAAAAGACACUAUAAUUU